UGCCAGCACCAACGGUCGUUGCGUUCAAAAAGUCAAAUUCUUGUACUGAAAGUGCGCGUCUUUUUCUUGUUUUCUCGAAAUUUCCCCGUGAAAAAUGCCCAGUUUUGUGUGAAAAGUGCCUGGAAAAGUAUUUCUUAGCAAUGUCCGUGUCACGUGAAGCAAUUAGCGUGCGCAAUACGCGCCUCACGAAGGGAAUUCUCAGUCGAAACGAUGCGGGGCUCAACCGUGAGAAGCUCCUUGAUGCCUUCCUUGUGUUGUUCGAUGAAUGCAAUCGGGAGAAAAUUAAGCGAAAUGAUCGAAAUGUUCAAGAUUUUGUGGCUAAAUAUCGCCCCGUUGUGGAAGAAACAAAAAUGUUGCGAGUCAAUGCGGGAGAUUUUACUGUGAAGAAUCUCAUCGGGAAGGGCUAUUUUGGUGAUGUUCACCUUGUGCAGGAGAAGGCAACGGGUGAUGUUUAUGCCAUGAAGAAGGUGAAGAAAAGCUCCUAUACGACAUCCCAGGUGCGCGAGGAGCGUGAUAUUAUGGCCCAGAGGGCAUCAGAGUGGAUCACAUCGCUUCAGUAUGCCUUCCAGGACGCGCUGUAUUUGUACCUGGUCAUGGAAUACCUUCCGGGAGGGGAUUUGCUGAGCCUCAUGAUCCGCAAUGGGGCCUUUGAUGAGGAUCUGGCCCGGUUCUACCUUGCUGAGCUCACCCUUGCCCUCAAUGCCCUCCACACAAUGGGCUACGUCCACAGGGAUGUGAAGCCGGAAAAUAUCCUCGUGGACCGCUGUGGGCAUCUCAAAUUGGCAGAUUUUGGGAAUGCUGCGUUGAUCAACAAAGAUGGGAAUGUGAUCAGCUUGUCACCCGUUGGGACACCGGAUUACAUUGCACCGGAACUCCUGAAAACCCUCACGGGGCCCUCAAAGGUCACAAAUACCAUUCACAGCGCCACCUGUGAUUUCUGGUCAAUGGGAAUCAUUGGGUAUGAGCUCGUAACGGAAGUCACGCCUUUCCAUCAUGACAACGUCACGGAGACUUAUGCAAAAAUCCUCGCGCACUGCGAGAAAUCCCCCUCAGCUCCACGUCUAAAGUACCCCGAGCACCUUGUCACGAGUGAACCCUUCCGGCAUUUGAUUGAGAACCUCCUCACGGGUCCCGAGACCCGCUUAACGCAUGCAAAAAUCCUCAAACAUCCCUUUUUCCGUGGCAUUAAGUGGGCAGAAUUGCGCCACCAGCCACCCCCAAUCAUCCCCAUGCUCAAAAGUGACGACGAUGUGUCGAAUUUCGAAGAUGUCGACCGGAAGAGCCGAAGGAAUACCUUCGUAUCGAAGUCCGGAAGCUCCGUGGCGCGUAUUGGGGAAUUUUCCGGGGAGAAUCUCCCCUUUAUCGGCUACACGUACAUCCACGAGGAAGCCACGGAGGACCCUCAGCGCCCUGAGAAGCAUCACGAGGUGAAAGUCAAGGAGAUGAAGCGCCUCGGGAAGGCCCAAUGUGAAGAAAUCUGCUCCCUGCAAAACAAACUCCUAGGAGCUGAGAAGAAAAUCCGGGAAUCCAUGUCAGCAGAGAAGAAUCUCCGUGAGUGCAAAGGAGAGAUCUUCACGCUGAAGGAACAACUUCAGAGCAAGAUGAAGGAACUAGCCACUGCCCAGAUGCAGGUAAAGCGCCUAAAGAGCGAUCUGAAAGUCGAAGAAGAGGAACGAAUUCGCAACGACGAAAAAAUCAAGGAAACCCUCCAGUCGAUUCAGAAGAAAUGGGAGAAGACAAAACAAGACUCAGAUCAGCUGUAUGAGAAGCAGAUUGCGGAGAAAGCAACCCAGAUUGCGCAUCUCAAUGAGAAACUUCAGACAAAUGCGAAGGAACUCGAAGCAAAGAGAUCUGAAUGUCAGAGCUUCUUGGAAACAAUUGAAACAUACCGUGAUAAGCUCAAGCGGUCAAAGGAAAAUCUGGCAACAGAUCAGGCGGAAUUCGAUCGGAAGAAGAAGAACAUCGAAGAGGUUUAUCAGACAAAGAUCCAAGAGCUGAAGCAGAAUGUUCGUGAUGAGAAGAAUGCCCGUCAGGAGGCAGAGAGGAAGAUCAGAGAACUCCAGCAGGAGCUUGAUGCAACACGGACACAUCAGACUUCCCUUCAGGAGGCUAGAAGUGUGUCAGAACGUGCCACAGGAGACCUCCGGGGCCGUAUAAAGGAUGAAAUGGAGGAGAAUAGAAAGAUCCGCGAGGAGAAGGUGAAGCUGGAGCGAACCCUCGAAGAGCUUCGUCUCAAAUUUGACGAUCUAGAACGUGAGAAUCGGGACUUGAAUGCCGAGAUUGAGAAGUACGCAACGGAGAGUCAUCGCUCAUCCGUUCACGAAGAGAACUUCCGCAGCUGCCGUGGAAGUAUGCAGGAUUUAAAUCAAGCCGUUGAAGAGCAACUCCGAACGGACUUAGAACGUGCCAAUGAACGCAUUGAAGCUGAGCAAAAGAGGGCCAAUGACUUGGAAGUCCUCGUACGUCGUCUAGAGGAUGCAAUUGCAAAGUUGGAGACUCCGCGAACUACGCGAAAGGAACUGGAUAGAGCACGGGCCGAAGGUGAAGAGGUGAGUACAAACCGAAAGGUCUAUCUCGAUAUGUUACGUCUCGAACGGGAGCGUGAUAAUUUGAAAACCGAACUGAAGGAUGAACGUCAAAAGGUAUCGAUGCUAACGGAAGAAAAGAACAAGGCGGAGAUCAAAUGGAAGAUAAGUCAAGAAGCCGGAGCUGGAAAAGAUCGAGAGAUACGACAUCUUCAGAGAGAAAUUGAUCAGGCAAAGGCAACAGCUGGUGAAGAGGCGAAGCAACGUCGUUCCACUGAACAAGAGUUAAUGACGCAAAAAGUGGAAGUUGUUGAGCAAUUGGCAAAGAUUCAGAAGCUCGAAGAAAUAAUCGAGAAUGGGCGUAGUACUCUUCGGAGUCUACAGCAAAAGUUUGACAGUGCCACAGCGGAGAAUAAACGGCUAAUGCAGGAGAUUGCGAGAGAGAAGGAAGACGGGAAUCGGGCAAGAGAUGUAGCAGAAGACACCCAAACAGAGGUGUCAAAACUCCGUCAGCAGUACGACUUCCUGAAGGCUGCGUGUGAGGUAACAGAGAUUCAGCUUACGGAGCUAGAAGACUUGGUUCAGAGUGAGAGGAAGAUGAAUGCUGAGCAAAAGGAAAGGAUUGAAGAACUCCUAACUAAGCUCCGUGCAAAGGAAGAAGAAUCUCUGGAACUGAAGCAAAAGAUCAACGCACUGGAAACAGAAAAGCGCGCUGUUGAGAGCAAAUUGCAACAGGCACAGAAUGAUCUGAUUGAUGCGCAGGAUCAACUUGAGAAGGUUUCUACGAAAUUAAGCAGUGAACAACAGAACCUCAUUGAAACAACGACGAAUUUCAUUGCAACGGAAGAACAGCUGGAGCUGACAAAGGGAGAUCUGGACAAGCUGCAGGUUAUCAGCGAAAGCUUCCAGAAGGAGGUUCAUGCCCUGAAAGAGGAGAACACGCAAAUCCUCACAGAAUUAUUUGAAGCAAAUGAAAAGAUAAAUCGUCUUGCGCAUGAUCUCAAUGUUGCCUCCAUUGAAAUGUCUGAGCAAAAACGUACAAUUGAUGAUCUCAAUGGGCUGCUGGAUGAAAAGGAGAACUACUACGUUCAGCGUGAUGUGCGCUCUGCUGCAACUCUUGCGCAACAUAAGAAACUCAUUGACUACCUUCAGGCAAAAGUUGAGGAGUUGUCGCACAAGAAGAAGGGAACGUUGCUUGAUAAGCUCUUUGGGGGAAGUGAUUCCGGUAGGAAGGAAAACAUAACGCCUAAUGUUCCUUAUCUUGAGUCAACGGGAAAGUUGAAGAAGACAGAGGAGCAGCUGAAGAAGCAGCGUGAUAGGAACAAUCAGUUAACGGAGAAGUUGCUCAAAGCUAAAACGGAGAUCCGUACAAUGAAACAACCUCCACCGCCUGCAUGGGAGGACGUGAAGCAGGCCAGUGAUGUUGAGACAGAGCAGGAACAGAGACGGGAUUUUCAGAAGCGUGAAGAAGAGAGGUUGUCACGUCAUUCAAGUGCUAAAAGGUCAUACAGGAUGCAUCAUCUGGAGAUGACGAUGGAGGGAACGGAUGAACCAAACGUGUUCUGCUUGGUCUGUCAAGAUCCUGUCUUUACCAGCAACACCUUCUGGCGUUGUCGUGUUUGUAAUUGCACCGUUCACAGGAAAUGCCGUGGAAAGGUUACCUCUUCUUGCGAUGGGGAGCCUACACUUCCACCCUUGGAAGCCAUUGAUGAGGUUGAUACGGCUGCACAGCAGGCUAGGAUUGAGAAGUGCGAGAGUCUAACAGGAGACUCCUAUCGUGGGGAGCUUCUGUUCAAGCCGCACGAGCUCACGCCUUCCGUUGUCGUGCACUGCGUGUACGAAGUGGAUGAGGAGACACUCCUGCUAGGUUGCGAGACAGGCCUGUACUCGCUGCAUCUGCGCGAUGGACAUCAGUUGGUGCCAAUUGAAGGAAUAGACUGCGUUAACUACAUUGCCAUCACACCAACACUCGCCAAGGUUGUCCUAAUUGGGAAUGGCGGAGAACAUCUCUUCCAAUGCGAUCUCCGACAUCUUCUGACGCGUGGACGACGCCUUUCAGGACCUGCAGGACAGCAGCUGGAAGUAUCUACGCUGGAUCUGCCCUUUGCCAAUCGUCAGAGCAAUGAACGUUGGCAUUUUGCUCGCAUCCGUGGGGACAAUGAGUGCCUGGAUGAAGCCGUUGUCAUUGCAGCUACAACGUGCAGGAUUGUCAUUAUGCGCUUUGACACGGACAUCGGGAAGUUCCGUCCAACACGUGCUCUGGACACAGCUACGCCCGUAACAGCAGUUCUCUUCACGCGUCAUACAGCCAUUGUGAGCUCAGAUAAAUUCUUCGAGAUUGAUCUAGAAAGUCUGGCUGCUGAGGAGUUUGUUGACUUGUCUGAUGCCAGCCUCAGUGCAACACGUUCCUGGCAACCGCUGGCUGCUUUCCAGAUCACAGAUGAGGAGUAUCUGCUGUGCUUCAGUGAAUUUGGCGUCUUUACCGAUGAGUACGGUUGCCGUAGUCGUUCAGGGAACAUCUCCUGGACUUAUACGCCAACAGGCUUCUCCUACCGCCGAGGAAUUCUCUUCAUUACACACUUCAACAUGGUCCAGAUCAUGCGUCUUCGUCGUACCGCCCGCAUGACGGAUGAUACAGCAGAAGGAGACAUUGAAUCGAAGCUCUUCCUGACUCUUCCACAUCCUAGAAUUCUCAAUGAUGCCGGUAAAGAAGGGAUCUACGUUCUUGUGACGGAGAACGAGACGAAUGAGCAGAAAAUUGUUCUUGUUGACGGCAUUAAGGCACUUCAGGAUAACUUUAACGGAUCUUCCGAUACGCUCGCAACUGUCUCUAGCACCUCGUCGGGAUCUUCAACUUCUAGUUCCCUCAAGAGAGUCAAGAGCAUUGCUGUUUAAGUAUUUUUUCAUUCUUUUUUUAAUUGUAACGCGAAAUCUCUAAGCACUUAAUUUGAAAUUUAAUGUACUUGCCUAUUAUCAACAACGCUUUUAUUUGUUAACGAAACGUAAGAAAUAAAUUUGUGAAAUUUUCAUUAA